AUGAUAGAUCCAGAGCUCUUGAAGAAAGAUCACGUGGAAGAGGACGAUGACAAGAGCAGUAGUCUCAGCCAAACCAACGAACCACCAUUGAGCAAUGGUGUGCGUCGGAUGGACGCUGUAAAUGCUACACUAUCACGGGCCGGCUCAUUCACGGCGUUCGGUGUGCGUUUUCAGACGUUGAAGAUCGCGCUGCUCAUCGCGCUAUUCUUGCAGGGUUACUGCACGGGACUGGGCGGUCAGAUCUCGCAGUCGAUCCAGACUUAUGCGGCCAAUGCCUUUAAGAAGCAGCCGCAGAUUGGGUCAAUCAACACGGUCAAGUCGGUUGUCGCAGCUGCGGUCGCUGUGCCCUACGCACGUUUGUCCGAUCGAUUCGGGCGUAUUGAGUGCUGGAUCUUCGCUCUUGUGCUUUACACUGUGGGGGACAUCAUAAGCGCAGCAACUCCAACGUUUGGUGGAUUGUUUGCUGGUGUAGUGAUACAGCAGUUUGGGUAUUCUGGGUUCAGGCUUUUGGCAACGGCGCUGACAGCAGAUAUCUCUGGGCUCAGAGACCGUACUUUCGCAAUGAACAUCUUCUUGAUCCCGGUGAUCAUCAACACAUGGGUCAGUGGGAACAUUGUCGAUUCGCUGGCUGGAGUCAAAGUGCCCUACGAAUGGCGGUGGGGGUAUGGUAUCUUUUGUAUCAUCGUGCCCUUCUCCACCCUUUUGUUAAUCUUGCCCUAUGCGUAUGCACAGUAUCUUGCGUGGCGUGAGGGCAGGCUACCGCAGUUUGAGUUCAGGAAACAGGGCCAGAGCUGGAAACAGGCGUUGUGGAAGCUUACAGAAGAUGUCAACCUGAUCGGUAUUGUGCUGUUCACUGCUUUUCUGGUGCUCGUGUUGCUGCCGCUCACACUGGCUGGCGGUGCAUCCACAAAGUGGAAAGAAGGCCAUAUUAUCGCGAUGAUUGUUGUCGGAGGCUGUUGUGGAAUUUUGUUCUUCGUGUGGGAAUUGUGGUUGGCUAAAAAACCGUUUAUUCCUAGGGUUUAUCUAGGAGAUGCGACGAUUUACGUGGCAUUAUUGAUGGAAUUUGCCUGGCGGUUGGCGCUGCAGAUUGAACUGGAGUAUUUGAUCACGGUUCUAAUGGUCGCUUUCGGAGAGUCCAAGUUGAGCGCACAACGGAUCGGGCAAUUGUACAACUUCUUGCAAUCGUGCACAAACGUAGUUGUCGGUAUCAUGCUACAUUUUUACCCACAUCCUAAACCAUUUAUUGUUGCAGGAUCUCUUCUUGGUGUUCUUGGAAUGGGCCUUCUGUACAAGUACAGAGUAGCUUAUGAUGGUAUUUCUGGACUUAUUGGUGCCGAAGUCGUAGUCGGCAUAGCCGGCAGUAUGGUCCGUUUUCCCAUGUGGACUUUGGUGCAUGCCUCGACAAGCCACGAAGAGAUGGCUGUUGCCACUGGACUGCUCAUGUCUGUAUAUCAGAUCGGUAAUGCAGUGGGGGCUUCGAUCGCUGGCGCGAUCUGGACACAACGUCUGGCGAAGGAGUUGAUCAAACGGUUAGGCUCCAAAGUAGGGUUGGCUGUCUACAAUUCGCCGCUCAGCUACUUGACAAAGUAUCCUCUGGGUUCAGAGGUUCGUAAUGAAAUCUUAGAAUCAUACUCAGAGAUCCAGCGGUUGCUCAUUAUCGUGUCUAUUUCGUUUGCAGCUCUUAACGCUGUACUCUGUUUUUUCCUACCUGGUUACACGGUGAGCGAGAAACAGAGCUUCACUCAAGAAGAAAGAGAGAAGAAGAAGCUAGAGAUGAAACAACAGUGGCCAUUGCGUCGUUUAAUCGGGUAUUGA